CUCUCCAUCGCUCUCUUUCUCUCUCCUCACUCUCUUUCUCUCUCUCUCUCUCUCUCUCUCACCUAAAAAAGAGGAAAAAAUCAAGAAGCUAGGGUUUCGAUUUCCCUCUCGCCUCUUCAAUUCUUGGAGAUCGAUGUUAUGCUUCAAUCGUGAAUUAGGGUUUGUGUGCAGAUCGGUGUUGAGGUUUCUUGACAGAUCGGUUGCCGGAGCUAUGGGUUGCUUCUUCGGUUGCUUCAGAGUCAGGGACGAUCGCCAUCUCCGCUCUCGGCCUCACCUCGUUUCUCAUCCCUCGCGCUCGGGAGCUGUGGUGUCUCAGAAUCGUUUGUCAUCUCUAUUUUUAGCUGAAGAGAGAGGAGAUUCUCCAGCCAGAGAUCAGGAAAGUCCUAGUUAUGGGACUCCACAAAUUGACAAGGAGCUCAAGAACGAGGCCAAAUUUCUUAAGGCCUGUGGUACUAUAGUUGAGACCCCAGUUGAAAUUCGGAAAGCUUCAAAGUUAAUUGGCUCACCCCAUCAUGAUAGAGAUUCAGAGCCCUCAAAAUUCAACUCAUGGCUUCCCAACACAUCCAUUAAAAAGCUUCAGCAGGAGAAUCAACCAGAGCAGCCUCCUACACCUGUUAAACUUUUUGAAGAGUGGGGAAAGGGGUCAGAGCAUACACCUAUCAGUUAUGAGACAAACCAACAGGGUACUGGAAGAAGCUCUCUCAGCUCUACUGAAGGUAGUGGUCUAGGUACUGAUUCAUCUGUAAAGAUUCAUUCUAAUCGGGCUGAGAACACUGUAACUCCAACUUCACCUUUGCACUCAGCCACAGAUGUCCAGUGCAGGGGCAAGUCUGUUCGCUUUGAAUGUGAUUUUGAUACAGCAUCCUCAAAAGGUACUUCAUCCGGUAACUGUAGCAGGAGUGCAAAAAUAGCUGAAACUCCAGGAAAACAGGGCACAUCAAAGUAUUUAGAUUAUCCAACCCCACUGACUCUUUCUGACGAGAUGCAGACACCUGGAACAGUUUUCCCAUCAAGCCAGAGAACUUUUCCUAAUGGAAAGUCUCGAAUCAGGUCCCAGUAUGUGUAUUCAGUUCCAAACCCUGAGGGCAUCUCUCGGUGGAAUGUGCUGACAGAGGAAGAUUCUAACUCACAUGGGUUUUCAGGUGAGCCUAGUGAGUCUCUCAAACAAUCCGGAAAUGCAACCCCCAUAUCAGAAGAGGGGCAAAAAGAAAUUUCAUCUGGAAAAGACUUACAGGCGGAAUCAAGUAUGUCCUCCUGGCAGAAACCAGUGACAUCUACUCAAGAUGACAACAAUCUGAAGUUGGGAGACGCUUCUGGCAGAAAUCGUUAUUUUGGCAGAACUCCUGGGGACAGGCCUAUAAUUGGGUUGGUUGCUACUCACUGGAAUGAAGAUGACCUUACUCGUAUCUCCCCCAAGUGGUGGGACGGGAAGGGAAUCCCAAAUUCAACCAAUAAAUACAAAGAGGAUCAGAAAGUGAGUUGGCAUGCGACACCGUUUGAGGAGAGGUUGGAGAAGGCAUUGUCUGAAGAAAGUUUCAUUUCUCAGAGAAAAAACAUAGGGGGAAUGCCCAUUGCGUUCGAUGAGAACGAAGAAAGUGAUACUGCUCUUUCUCAGUUGCAAUCUUCAUCCCAGCCAAAGUCAGUGGUUUCAUUCUGAUGAGUGAUGGUGGUUUUAUCCCCUUUUGUUGUUGUUUUACAUGCGAAAUGAUGUUCAUGGAGUUGAGUUCUUUCAAACUUAAGUUUGAAGUUUGCAUAACAAUUCGGGAUAUGGUGAAUUGGUGACUGGUUUGCGUUACACCAUUGAACAGUUGAGGCUGAUUCUGGAAGUUCUAUUUUGGUGUCAAAUAUAUGCUGGCAGUACGCUGCUGCCUAGAAUGUACAGAAUCAAUGAAAUUCGUAUCUCAGUUCCCUUGCCUAUUAA